AAUAUGGCGGCUUACAAUGCGAAUGCGGAAAAUUUAUCACCAGAGUCUGCAGCCACUGGUUCAUUCAAAAGGCAACGUUGCAGUUCGUGUAGCGGUGGAAUCCACGUAGAUCAAACAGAGUACAGACAAAAUGAAUCUCCUCUGCAGAUCAGCUCAACAUCAGAAACACACUGCCAUGAGAGUAAGUCAAUGCCCGAUGUGGACAAGAAGGCCCGCAGGAAGUUGAUCAUUGCCUGUGUUCUCUCCUUGUCUUUCAUGAUCGCUGAGGUUUUUGGCGGAGUAUUUGCCCACAGUCUUGCUAUAGUGUCGGAUGCAGCCCAUCUUCUCACAGACCUGGCCAGUUUCAUGAUAAGCCUACUGGCUGUGUACCUGGCAUCAAGGAGAGCAACAAAGAAACUCAGCUUUGGCUGGUACAGGGCAGAAAUCCUGGGUGCCUUGAUGUCCAUCCUAUUCCUGUGGGUGGUGACGGGAGUGCUGUGUUAUAUGGCGGUCGAAAGGGUCAUAAAGCAGGAUUUUGAGGUCAACGCCACCAUCAUGUUAAUCACCGCUGCUUGUGGUGUAGCCUUCAAUAUUGUCAUGGGAGUCACCCUUCACCAUGGGGGUCAUGGUCACUCCCAUGGUGGCCAAAGCAACCACACGGAUGAGGAGAAGGUCCGCUUGACACGGGAGAGUGACAAUAUACAGGACGAUGCGAGGGGCCGCUCAACCUCAUAUGGGUCAUUGCAAUAUGAGGAUCAUUCUGGGGAUUACUCUGUAGAGGUCAGGAAAAAUGAGAACAGAGCCAAUAUCAAUGUCAGAGCAGCUUUUAUACAUGUAUUGGGUGAUCUUCUACAGAGUGUUGGUGUUUUUGUUGCAGCUCUUAUAAUUUAUUUCAAGCCAGAGUGGAAACUAGCGGACCCAAUCUGCACGUUUGUGUUUUCAGUGAUUGUUCUGGUCACCACCUUGACCAUUAUGAGGGAUAUCCUAGUUGUGCUUAUGGAAGGCACACCAAGAUCAGUGAACUUUAAGGAUAUCUACCGUAGUCUUAAGGACAUCAAGGAGGUUUGUGAUAUCCAUGAUCUGCGGAUUUGGUCGCUUUCAAUGGACAAAGUGGCUUUAUCAGUGCACAUUGCUGUUGACAGGAAGACUGACCCUUUCGCCAUCCUACAACAGGCUUCUUAUAUGAUAAGGUCACAGUUUGGGAUUUCAGAGACUACGAUCCAGGUUGAGGAAUAUGUUCCCAACAUGCUAGAUUGUACACACUGCAAGGACUUGCCAGACUGAUUGUUGAUGGAUGGUUAAAGAAUAUACGAACAAAAGUUAGUUCAGAGUGUGAAAGCCAAAGGUUCAUUCUGCUUCUGUGUUCGACCUUUGUUCUGUAACUGGUCAGCAUUUUUAUAAGGAUGUAACAGAAUAAUUGUUUAACAGUUCAAAACUGUAUAAUUUUGUGUGUAUAUAAUAUAUAUAUAUUUUUUUUUUCUGUCAUCAUCCGGAUUACAUGGUGCAUGUGAUAUUUUUUGAGAUAUUGUACAAAUUCUAUAAUAUAUUGUUGUAUUAUUGGUUUUGACUUAAAAUGUUGUAACUCUGUUUUUUCUGCGGAAGACUUAUUUCUGGCAGAACAUGAUUUGAAAAGCAAAUCCUGAACUAAUGUCAAACUUGCCUAUGGGAAGAAAAGAAAAGCUUAGUAUCAUUCGUGAAUUUUUGUUCGUCUUUGCAAAUAGGGUUAGUGGAUUUUUUCCGGGGGGAAUUUUGAAAAGGGUAAUUUAGUUUCGGGAAGGGGGGGAGAUAUUUAAGGGGGGAAUUUGUCUGUCUCCUAUUUCUCAUUUAAACUAAAGGCAGAGUUUAUAUAGAAAAACUGUAUUACUACUAAUUGUAUUAAAAUUCAAAAGGGUGUAAAUGUUUGAAUCAAACAUGAUAUAUUUGUCCAGACUUGUUUGACAGUGUGAUAUGUAAUAACAUUUUGAUCUGCUGGAAGGACAAGGAUUUGGGCCACACUUAAUAUAUGGGGUUUGUAAUGGUUAUAGUAGGUAAAAUGUAUGGCCAUAUUUUGUUUAAUUUGUCAUGGUAAAGCAAUUACUGCUUUGAUUUUUAUAUGUGCAGUUGAGUUCUUGCACUAGGGUGACACAUGUUAAUUGAGCAUAUACUUGACUUCAGUAUUAUAAACAAUUGACUAUGAUCGUUAUAAGAAAGGGGAUUGUACAAAUGUCCUAAAUAGAUCAACUUCUGCUGUAAUUUAGUUAUAAUUUUGGAGCCACAGCAUCUUGUGUGUGAUAUGCUAACCAAUUCUUUCCACUGACUGUGCAUGAUUACUGACUGUGAAUAAUGUGAAUGCUUACUGACUGUGGAUCCUUACUGACUGUGGAUGCUUACUGACUGUGACUGCUUACAUACUGUGACUGCUUACAGACUGUGACUGCUUACUAACUGACUGCUUACUGACUGUGGAUGCUUACUGACUGUGACUGCUUACAGACUGUGACUGCUUACUGACUGUGGAUGCUUACUGACUGUAGAUGCUUACUGACUGUGGAUGCUUACUGACUGACUGCUUACUGACUGACUGCUUACUGACUGUGGAUGCUUACUGACUGUAGAUGCUUACUGACUGUAGAUGCUUACUGACUGUGAAUCCUUACUGACUGACUGCUUACUGACUGAAUACUUUCUGAUUGUGAAGGCUUACUGACUGUGGAUGCUUACUGUCGGUCAAUGCUUACUGUCGGUCAAUGCUUACUGUCCAUGAAUGCUUACUGACUGUGAAUGCUUCCUGACUGUGACUACUUACUGACUGUGGAUGCUGACUGACUGUGAAUGUUUACUGUCUGUGGAUGCUUACUGUCUGUGAAUGCUUACUGACUGUGAAUGUUUACUGUCUGUGGAUGCUUACAGUCUGUGAAUGCUUACUGACUGUGGAUGCUUACCCACUGUGACUGCUUACUGUGGAUAAUGUGAAUGAUUAAUGACUGUAAAUACUAACUGACUGUGAAUGCUUAAUGACUCUGAAUACUGUGAUUGCUUACUGAUAUUGAAUACUGUAAAUGCCUACUGAGUGUGAAUAUUUCAUGACUGUGAACGCUUACAGUAAAUGCUUACAGACUGUGAAUGCUUACUGACUGUGAAUGCUUACUGAAUUUUACUACUGUGAAUCCUUACUGCUUUAAGUGGUUACUGCCUGUGAAAACUUACUGAAAGUGACUACUGUGAAUGCUCACUCACUGGUGAAUACUGUUAGUGCUAACUUACUGUGAAUACUGUGAAUGCUUACUGACAAUAAAUAUUGUGAAUGCUUACUCAUUACUGUCUUCAAUAUGUAUAUUCUUAUACACAUCUGCAGUUGUUCCAUCUGUACUGACAGAAUUAAUAUUAAGGAUAUAUACAACAUAUAGGCAGUAAUGUUUGACACAUAGGCAGCAAUAUAUUUAUGUUGUGUUUGAUACAUAGGCAGUCAUAUAUUGAUGUUAUGUUUGAUACAUAAGCAGUAAAAUAUUUAUGUUAUGUUUGAUACUUUGUACAUAUGUGUACGUUGUGCUUGUACUUAUUUGACUUGAUAAUAUAUCUGUUUAGAAGGAAAUGUUUUGAUUUUGGGUAAUGCUGUUUAUAAAUAUGGUUGGUAUUCUGUGAUUUAUUAAGUAAUCUAUAUAAAACUAGUCUAUAUGUAUAUCUAUAUUUCAGCGCACUCUAUUACAGCGAACAUAUGUCUCACCAAAUACUCAGGUUCUUAUAAUCCUUUAAUAAUUUUCAUGUUGCUAUGUGUCUGUCGAAGUGCUUUGGUGAAUAUUGUAAAUAAAUGCAGAAAAAGAAAAUCAUA